GAUCCGAUGGCUUUGCCCCGGUAGGCCAGGCAUGAAGAUCACGAGGCAGAAACACGCCAAGAGGCACCUCGGCUUCUUCCGCAACAAUUUCAGAGUACGCGAGCCGUACCAGAUAUUGCUGGACGGCACCUUCUGUCAGGCGGCGCUGCGGGGCCGCAUCCAGCUGCGGGAGCAGCUGCCUCGCUACCUAAUGGCGGAGACGCAGCUGUGCACCACCAGGUGUGUGCUAAAAGAGCUAGAAUCAUUGGGAAAGGACUUAUAUGGGGCAAAACUGAUUGCACAAAAAUGCCAAGUUCGAAAUUGCCCCCAUUUCAAGAAUGCAGUGAGUGGAUCUGAAUGCCUGCUCUCCAUGGUCGAAGAGGGAAAUCCUCAUCAUUAUUUUCUGGCAACACAGGAUCAGAAUUUGUCUGUGAAAGUUAAGAAGCGGCCUGGAGUUCCUCUCAUGUUUAUUAUUCAGAACACUAUAGUCUUGGACAAACCUUCUCCCAAAUCAGUUGCCUUCGUUAAAGCAGUAGAGGCAGGUCAGCUUGUGUCUGGACAUGAGAAAGAAAGCAUCCGACAACUUAAAGGAGAACAGGGUUUAGUGAAAAACUCUGAACGGAGAAGAAAGAAGCGGAAAAAAAUAAGUGGGCCCAAUCCGCUUAGCUGUUUGAAGAAAAAGAAAAAAACUCAGGAUACAAAACCAUCCUCUAAUUCUGAAAAAAAGAGAAAAAGAAUCCGGAAGAGAUCUACCUCCAAAAAAGUGCUGUCUGAAAAGCAGAAUGCAGAAGGGUAA